ACACAGUGCAAUUGUACACGGACGUACGUACACAGUGCGAUUGUGUUAUAAUCGUAAAUCAGUAUUUAUGAUAUCUUCCUGUAUUUUUCGUAUUUUUCUUCAUAUCUGCGAAGAGAUAAACAACAUUUAUAAUUUUUAAUAUGACUUAUGAUCCACAGAGCUGGCUAAAAUCGUCUGAUGAUUUUAACUCAGAUCAGCUUAAUUUUGGAUCAAACAAUUCAGAAAAAGAACUUCCUUUAUUUGACGAUGAAUUCAUGAACCAAAGAAACGAACUAUUGAGUGUGGAAUACGAUCCGUGUGCUCCUUCUAUUGAUAGCCACGAAUCGCCAACCAUAGAUACUUUUUUGAAGGAAAAGCCAGAUCCAAGAAAGCUUGAAACAUAUAUAUCAAGUUUACAAAAAAUGAUUAGACCGCUUUCAUCCGAGUUCAAAAAAAAAUUAUCUUAUGAUGUGAUUUGUCAACUAGCUCAUGCAAUUUUGGAUGGUACUGUUUUUGAAAUAGUGAAAGGGCUUCAAGACAUUCAGUUUAUUACUGAGAAAAAUCUUUACACCCAGAGAACAAAAUUGCUAGAAGAACAUAAAAUGAAAAAAAUAGCUAUGUUGAAGCGUCAUCAAGAAAGUAUUGAAAGAUCUCAAAGUCGACCUCAUCACAUACUAGUUUUGGAGAGACACCAUGCUGACGAGAAAAAGAUAUUUUAUCAAAAGUGUGAAAAGGAAAUGGCACAGUUAGAUCAAAAAUUAUUAUUAGAAUUAGAUCAACAAGUAUCAGAUCAACAGAGUACACUUGAGAGAGCUGGUCUUCCGAUGUUUUAUCUAACAAACAAUCCUGAUGAAGUCAGAUUGCAAAUGUAUGUUCUUGAGUUUAUAUCUAAGUUAAUCGAAUCUUAACAACAUCGACGUAUGAGCAGGAUGGAAUAUAAAAAUAUAAGAUCGGUAAAUACACGGCACUCAAGAUUUAAAAAAAAAACUGCAGAAUAAUUUUUUUCGAUCUAAUUAUUUUAAAGAGUGCUGUUUUUUUUUUUUUAUAAAAGUUAUGAAAAACUUUUUAAAAAAAUAAAAUAAUUGAAGAUCGAUUGACUUUGCAUUACAUUAAACGUUGAUGGGAUCGUUGAAAGUUAUAAACCAAUUCAAAUAGACUUGCUUAGAAUUGAACCAAUUAAAAAAAACUUGAAUUGAAUUACUUAAAAAAGACUUUCAUCAAACUUCUUUUAAAUGUCUUAUUUUUAAUAAAUAAAAAUUAUUUAGUAAAGGUGGCGAUGCCCUUGAUGGAAUUUUUGUGAUGGCAUUGAAAUUUUGUAAAACCAUUUUAAAGUUUUAAACAUAUUAAUGUGGUUGCUAUAAAAACAACUCGCUGAAACCAAAAUUAUUUAUAAAAAAAAAGUUUUUUUAA